AUGUCUCCGGCGCGCGGCCCGGGCAGGGGGCUGAGCGCCGCGGUGGCUGCGCGCGUGGGCUGGGGCGAGGGGCCGGCGGCGGGCUCCCCCGCCCGGGCUCCCCGGAGCCUCCGAGUGCCGCCGACGCCCGCGCCGGGAGCCCGGCUGCUGCGCCUCCCCGGCAGCGGGGUCCGGCGCGCCGCGAGCCCCGAGCCCGGCUCCUCCGGCUGGAGCGAGGCGCUGCGGGCCGCCGUGGCCGCGCUGCGCGCCGGCGCCGUGGUGGCCGUCCCCACCGACACGCUGUACGGCCUGGCCUGCGCGGCCGGCUGCUCGGCGGCGCUCGGCGCCCUGUACCGCCUCAAGGGCCGCAGCCGCGCCAAGCCGUUGGCCGUGUGCCUGGGCCGCGUGGCCGACAUCUACAGGUACUGCCGUGUGAACGUGCCCGAGGGGCUGCUCCAGGACCUCCUGCCUGGCCCGGUGACGCUGGUGAUGGAACGCUCCGAGGAGCUCCAUGAGGACCUGAACCCCUUAACGCGCCUGGUGGGCAUUCGCAUCCCCGCGCACGACUUCAUGCAGGACCUGGCCUGCGCCUUCGGGGGACCCAUCGCGCUCACCAGCGCCAACCUCAGCGCCCAGCCCAGUUCUCUGAACGUGGAGGAGUUCCAGGAUCUCUGGCCUCACUUGUCCCUUGUCAUUGAUGGGGGGCCAAUUGGAGAUGGCCAGAGCCCUGAGUGUCGCCUAGGCUCCACCGUGGUUGACUUAUCUAUUCCUGGAAAGUUUGGCAUUAUCCGUCCUGGUUGUGCUUUGGAAAGUACUACAGCCAUCCUGCAACAGAAGUACAGGCUGCUUCCUUCACAUGGAUCUUGAUUGUAAGGAGAAGGCAUGCUUAGUAUGGACACUAUCUUUCUGCUGAUGGUUUGAAGGGCCUCAUUUGCAGAGGCUAUUGGGCUACAAUGCCAGGCGUUUUAUGCGUUAACACUUCUUCACUGGAGACUAGACUCCCGAAGCUGCUGGUUUAGCCACAUACCUCCAGGGAUGUUUGUGUGGGUAGGGUAUUUAUUAUCUGUAAUUCCAUAUGGCCAAAAGCUAAAUAAGAAUUUCAGAACAUUCCAAAGAUAGCCUUGUAUUUGAUAAUUUCUCUUUGUUUUGGGACCACAUCUGCCAAUAUACACUCAGGAAUCUCUCUUGGCAGUACUUGGGAGACCCAUAUGGGAUUCAGGGGAUCAAAUCUGGGUCAGCUGCAUGCUAGGAAAGAGCUUUUGUUGCUGUACUCUCUGGCCCCUUGAUUAUUUCUUUUGCACUUUGAUGAAAGUGGGGAGGUAUUUGUCCACAGUUUAUCUACAGUUCUGGGGAAGGGGGAGGAAUCAAACAGGGUCAGUUGGAUAUAAGGCAAGUAUAUUUCCUAUUGAACAAGAGUUAAUUGUAUUUGGAUUCUAAUAAGAGCUGCUCUGAUAGGGUCCAAAUCAUCUAGAAUACCAGCUGAUAGUGUUUGAUUUCAGGUGAUCAAAAAAGUUUAUGCUCUUCAAGCUGGAAAUCAAUUGGGCUAAAUAUUUUGAUGCCACAAGUCAAAGUCAGAGGCCUCUUGGUGAGAUGUGUGAUCUUCCAGAUGGAGAGUCACCAUAUGGGUCUAAUAGCAGGAGGUCUGCUCAGUUGUCAGGGGUCAAGAAUAAGGUGUAGAAGGAAUUCUAGAAUAUUUGAAAGUUUUAACUACUGUUCUUUAAGAAGUAAAUUUUCUUAUUCAUAAAAGGAACAAUGCAUAUUAUAUUUUUAUUUAAAUCCAUUUAUUUAAACUCAGCUGCCUCAUCUUUAUUUCAUGUUAUAUCAAUUAUAAACAUAACUGUUGGUCCUUUUGACUUUGUUUCUCUUAAUAGAAAAUAGUGCUGCUAUUAAACAUUUUUUUUU